CGGUCCCGGAUCGCCGGGAGGCGGGGAGCGAGGGUCCUGCGCUCCGAGAGCGCCUUGCGCGGGAGCUUCUGUCGGAAAGAACUCGAAAGCCCUGGACUCGCUGCCGCUCCGUCGCCUCGGCCCCCCGGGAAGAUGGCUGCGGACCGGUCUCUGCUGGCCGUGCGGGAGGCGCUGAAGAAGUGCUUCCCGGUGGUGCGGGAGCAGCAGGGCUCGUGGCAGGACGCCGUGCGGGACUGCCAGCCCCUCUUGGCCUCGCUCAGCAACCUGGCCGAGCAGCUGCGGGCGGCGCAGAGCCUCCGCUUGGACGAGGUGCCGGCGCUGCGGGCCUUCCCGGACCUGCAGGAGCGGCUGCGGCGCAAGCAGCUGGAGGCCGGAGACGCCGUGCUGGAGCAGCUCGGGGACAGGCUAGCUGCCCUGCUCGAGGUGCGCGACGCGGUCAGCAGCCACGUGGAGCAAGUAUUUGAAGUGUACGAGCGGCAUGCCAGCACGCUGGACCUCGACGCUGUGCUGCAGCCCUCGGCGGCCACCCCCUCGGUGGCUGACAUGUUAGAAUGGCUACAGGACAUUGACCGACAUUUCCGAACCUCGUACCUGAAGAGGAAGGCCCUCCUCUCCUCCAUCCGAUGGGGAGACUUGGUGAGCAUCCAGGCGCUGCCCAAGGCCUGGGACCGGAUCUCAGAAGGCGAGCAUGAAGACCUCGUUCAGGAUACCCUGAUGAAAGUCGCCUUCUUCCUGGAAGAGUGAGGAAGCCGCAUGUCUCUGGAGGUUGAGGCACCAUGCUCGGAGACUGACGGUUUCUCUGAAAGUG